AUGAGUAGAAGAUAUUCAGAGAUUGGAGAAGAGUCUUUCAUCGAGUUUAGCAACCGAUAUGAAUCAUUCAAAGACUUUGCAAUUGGACAAUCAUUGUUGGAUCUAAGCAGAUCUAGUACAAUUAGGAAAGCAAUUGUAGCAUGUGAUUGGGAUGAUUUUCUUCAAAAACUGUCAACAAAAUCUGUAAUAGCCACCGAUUCAAAUACAAGAACAAAGAAUAUGAAAGUGAUUAUGGUUAUUAGUGGUCAAGGAUAUCAGACUAGUGAAAUGGGCAAUCAGUUGUACAAAUCUGAACCUACCUAUAAACAAAUUGUGGACAAAAUCGAUAACACGUUCAAUCGUUUCAUUGGAUUCAGUAUUUUUGAAAAGAUAAAGCAUAUACCUUCAGAUAGAAAAGAGAUCUUUAAUGAUCAAUCAAUUGCACAACCAGCAUUGCUUAUGUUUCACAUUGGUAUAAUAGAACUUUAUCGUCAUUAUGGUAUUGAGGCUGAUAUUACACUUGCUCAAAGCUUUGGUGAAAUUACUGCUGCUUAUGUUGCAGGUUGUAUUUCACUUGAAACAUCAGUGAAAAUAAUAUAUCAUCGAUCAAUUAUCAAGAGUAAUGACGAUAGUGUUGGUAAAAUGAUGUUGGUCAGAAUGAGUCAUCAACUAUUCGUAGAGAAAUACACAGAGAGAUUUCCAACUGUUGAAAUCAUAUGUUAUAAUGCACCGAGCCUAUUCUUUGUAUCAGGUGAUCCCGAGGUGAUAGAUCAACUUAAAUUACUAUUGGAACAAGAACAUAUUGGAUCGAUCGACUCGCUAUUACCAGGUUCAUUUCAUUCCAGAAAGCAAAAGGCAUUGAAACCAAAAGUACUCUCGUCAUUGUCACCGAUGGACGACGCUCAACCACCAAAGAUCCAAUGGUAUUCAACAGUGACUGGUGAUGUGUAUAAGGAUCGCUUCACUGCUAAAUAUGUUUAUGACAAUCUUAGAAGACCUGUGAAAUUUGAACAAGCACUAAACUCUCUUCAUCGAGAUAUAAAAGACAGUUUCGAUGAUCAUGUUUUCUUGGAGAUAGCACCACGUCCUGUCUACUCAAAACAAAUCAAGGCAUGCAUUGAUCAGUUCGAAUCGAUAAUAUCUCCACUCCAGGUUGGAAAAGAUGAAAGAAUAUCAUUCCUUGAAUCAUUGGGUAGUUUAUAUUGCAAUGGAAUCAAAGUUGACUUUACAAAGCAAUAUACAGUUAAAGAGUUAAAUGAAUACAAAUUAAAAAACCAAUAA